CUAGGGGUGGGGGGCAUGGCCAUGGGGGGCCGCAUCCCGUCCUCCACCCUGCACCGGGACAGGCGGUGGGGCUGGGGGUCCUGGGGCGGUGGCCCAUCCAGGGGAGCUCCCAGACUCUCCGAGCUCAGGCCCUGGCUGGGCGGUGGGGUGGCUGGGGUGGCAGGUGGAGGAGGUGGAGGUAGUACCGGGGGAGGGGGCGCAGCGGAGAAAGGAGGCAGGGUGAGAUGUUCCCGCAGGGUCUGGGUCCUCCUUGGCUCGCUGGCUCUCGUCUUCCUCACCUCGCUCUUCUUCUCCGUCUCGCUCCGCGGGGGCGUCGGCUUCAACUACCUGGAGCCACCUGGGUGGGAGGAGUCGAGGCGGGUGAAGCUAGUGCCCAGCUACGUGGGCGCACACAGGCUGUCACCAGCUGACACCCCGCAGCAGAAGACAUGUGCCUGCCCGCGCUGUGUUGGAGACCCCGGUGUUUCUGAUUGGUUCGAUGAGAACUACGACCCGGAUAUCUCACCGGUUUGGAUCAGAGACAACGUCCAGCUGCCUUCUGAUGUCUACUACUGGUGGGUGAUGUUACAGCCCCAGUUUAAACCCCACAGCAUCCAGCAGGUGCUGCUGAGGUUGUUCCAGGUGAUUCCGGGAAGGUCGCCGUACGGCUCGUGGGAUCCGGGACGCUGCCUGCGCUGCGCCGUGGUGGGGAACUCCGGAAACCUCCGCGGGGCCGGAUAUGGAGCGACCAUCGACGGACACAACUACAUCAUGAGGAUAAACCUGGCCCCCACGGUGGGCUACGAAGAAGAUGCCGGCAGCCACACCACUCACCACUUCAUGUAUCCGGAGAGCGCCAAGAACCUGGCGGCCAACGUCAGCUUCGUCCUGGUUCCCUUCAAAACGUUGGAUCUCGUCUGGAUCACCAGCGCUCUGUCCACCGGCCAAAUUCGAUUUACAUACGCUCCAGUGAAGCAGUUCCUCCGUGUAGAUAAAGACAAGGUCCAGAUCUUCAACCCGGCAUUCUUUAAAUACAUCCACGAUCACUGGACCAGACAUCAUGGCCGCUACCCCUCCACUGGCAUGCUAGUGCUGUUCUUUGCUCUGCAUGUCUGCGAUGAGGUGAAUGUGUUUGGUUUUGGGGCGGACAGCCGGGGGAACUGGCACCACUACUGGGAGCAGAACCGCUACUCCGGAGAGUUCAGGAAGACCGGUGUCCACGACGCCGACUACGAAGCCCAGAUCAUCCAACGGCUGGCCAAGGCUGGCAAAAUCACUGUAUUCCCUGGGAAAUAACUAGGAAAUAACCAGCAAAUCACCCCGUGUAGCAAAUGUUCCAACGCUGGUACGGCAACAGACACUUUAGAGGCUGCUUACAAUGUGUUAGAUAUUCUCGCUACCUGCACCAGUUUGGGUUCCCAGUUAAAGUAAACCAAAUGCUUACAGAAGUUGAGACGAAAUGGUCACGAAAUAGUACCAAAUAAUGUUAUUCCAUUCACUUACCCUCAUAUUUGGGAGGUUGCCCACCAGUCGAGGCUCUGAUUGGAGAACAUGGUGUUGACUCCGGGAACAGGGGCCAGCCAGAUCCAAACGUAGUUCUUCUCACUUUCAGCACUGACCUAAAAGUGAGAGUUGAGCCUUAAAUUUGACAUUGAAGCAAUUGGUUCUGCCAGCGCGAGGCUUGAAAGACAAGACCACAUAUCUCUUUCCAAGGGCAGCUUCAGAAAAGCAAAUGAGGGCUGGACCGCAGCAAAACUCAAGUCAGUCACCACAAACAUCGACUUUGACUGUGUACCACACAGACAAAGCCGGGUCCCACCUUGGAUGAGUGUCUGAUCCUCAUCCAUUAACAGAAAUACAGUAUAGUACAUACUGUAAAAGGCCACAGAAAAUCCAACAUCAGCAUCUAGGAGACUGUUCCACAGCCGCGAGGUGUCUGACAGUAACAAAGCGUGAACAAAUACCAGGUACCGCUCUGUAGGCCUGCAGACGAGACUGACAGCACGGACACAGACUGUGGAGCUAUCAGAAGCCAUUGUGCUGUUAAACAUUUUGAGACUAAAGGACUAAUUUUCCAUCUCUAACAAAACCCUGGACCAUGACUCCCUUGAGAAAGAACUGCUCCUAUACGAGACCAAACCUCACUUUCCACUUCUCACUGUCAUAACACUUUAUGUGAGUUCUGCUUCACAAGACAGUGUUACAAGUACCUUGUCUGACUGUGAUGAGUCAUAAAACGGUCGGUUAUAAGACGAUACGUGAUUGCUGUGAGUUUAUAUCAUAUGACUUUCCUCUAAACCCCCCCCACCCUCCGGUCCUUGCCGGGCUUAGCAAGGCCUUCGACACCUUGCUGCAGACUCACAGAAACAUGAUCAAGACUUUUGCCUCUUGGCCAUUCUGACUCAGAUAGAUCACUGCUGCACUAGCAUGAGCUUCAGUUUCUGCAGAGACAGCUAGCAUGGUUUGAAACACCACAGCAACCGCAGGCCCUGCUACAGUCUGUAUUCACAUCCACACAGAGGGAGACAUGUUCUGGGAGAGAGUUGGUUUGACUGCAUGAGACUCUAAUGAGGCCAAAAGUCCAUCUCCUGGGAUUUCAUGUUUGGAUGGAGGCACGCUGGUUUCUGGACCGCAGUUUAAUCCCCAUGUGGUCUGUCAAGGUCUAUUUUGGGAGGGGAGCACUGGAGACAGAGAGCUGGAGCAUGAAGAACCAGUCUGACAAAGUCAGCAUGAGAAACACAUCAUUUACCCCAAUGUUUGGAUGAAAAGAGAAGACAUUGUUGUUGAUGUGCACAAACUCUGCUGGGUUCACCACUUUGGUUUUGAGAGGACUGAGACAAGAAAAGAAAGCUCGCUCUGCUUCUUUUCCCACAGACCUCAAACUCCAACCUGACUCCUCCUAUCCCAGUGGAGUUAGAGACUGUCAGGAGGAUUUCACCCCAGAUUAAGGCCCAUAUGAUGGGGGGUGAAAGAAAACCCCACUGGAUUUGGAACUGCUUUAACCUGUCAGCAGCUCGGCUUCAUUAACCACUAGCCCUGGUCUCUGCUCAGCCAAUUCAGACUUCAGCUACGUCUGGAGGGUGUGGAGCCACCGGACGCCUUACCAUAAACUGUUCUGAUUUUCAUGAUGAUGGCAUAUCCCCCUGCAGACUGCAGAUUUCAUUUGUUAGUUUUAUGUACUGUUUACCUUUGGGUUUACACUUUGGCUGGAUUUAUGCUAUUGGCUCAGAUUAGAUUUACUUUUGCACACAGGUGGCACAUUUAAAGAUUUUUAUCAUGAUUUGGUAUCAAAUAAUACCCAUUUACACAUUAAUAGCUUCCGAACAAAUAUCAGUCAUGGAAGGUGCUGCUAGACUGUAUCGAAAGACAAAAACAAAAGUGGAAAACAGAAAAUGUGUGCCACAGAGAGGAAGGAAAAUACAAGUAUUUGGUUAGAGCUGAGGCUGUAAAUCCAUCCAAAGAUGAGUGUAUCAAGAAGCAGCUGGUGGCUGACAAGGAAGAGCACUCAAGGUUUCUAUGCAGGUCUGGAAAACACGAAGAAGUGGUGACUGAAUAAAUCUUUUUAGGGUGUGAUAAGUAAUAUUUUUACUAUCCUGUCACAACAAACUAACGUAUGUAUGCAUGGGUUUGAAUGAUUGUUGAUCAGUAAUGACUCCAUUUAGGAACAAAUUAGUAUUUAUGUAAGUUACAGGCUACUUUAAGUUAUAGAAGUUUUAGAUGAUUUAAUCAGUCCCUACAGGAUUUUGCCAGCUUUCUUUUGGGAUAGUUGCAUCCUAAAAUGCUCGAUUUCACUGCAGAUUUUCUAAAAAAAAUUGCCAUGUUUUAAGGAGAAAUCGAAAAUGUGAAAAAAAAUUUUGCUUUUCUCUUUUAUAAUUAACUAAAAAAUCAAAUGCUUGUUCCAGUGAGGUGGAAUUUGCGUUAAUUUUUGCAGUUGCAACUUUCUGGAGGGACUGCUUAAUGCCGCUGAACUAUAGCUAUAAUCAAACAAUUUCUUUAUAAUAUUGAAUAUUUAUGACUAAAUAAGCAACACUCAAAGUUAAAGGUACCCUGUGGAGUUUUUGACCACUAGUAGUGCAGUGGAGCAAUGUUUUUCAUGUGUGGGCCCCUGCUUUGUUUGUUCACGCACACAAGGUGACAGAUUCCUGCCAAUGGUUUCCCAUGAUUCCACUGAUCUAGAGGUGGCGCUAAUGUGCCAAGAAAUGCAGCAAUGUGGCAAGAAAGCCAGGGAAGAAGAAGACUGCCAGCAAGUCAACAUGGACGAAAGCAAUGCAGGAUUUAAAAUAUUUUAAAAAGUCUCUAUUGCAAAUUUUAUGAGGAAGGAAAUGCAUGCAACAUUAGAUCUCAAGGACACUCAGAAUGCGUUUUGGAUUCAACACUGAAUGUGAACAUAAACUCCACAGGGCACAAUUUUAUAAGUUUGAGUUUUCAUCAGGACUGUGUGGGUGUGGUUUGAUCGGAUUUGAUUGACCGUGGCCCCCAAGCGAAAAGCACGGGGAAAAAAUGCAGAACUCUCUUAAUUGUAAUAACAUAAACUGUUGUAACUUUGUCAGAAAAUUGUCUUUUCAUGUCGGAUCCUGUGACGCACAGUAAGGAGCAGAUUCAAAAAAACAUGUUUUCAGGGCCUUUAAUGCUCCUUUAAACUAUGAGAAAACUUUACUAGUUGCAGCUAAGAGUUCACCAGAACUUUUUUUUUUCCUUAGAAGCAGUUGGUGUAUUGUUUUAGUGACUCAUAAUGUGCUAUACAGUGAGCUAAAAAAAAAAACAAGUGAAGAAAGAUACAUUUGUGAAGAGAAGCCGUGUAGGAACCGUGAGUGCCAGCCGCUGCAGCAGAUGGUACUUUUAUAUGAAAUAACACCUGUGUAUGUGUGAGAACCUCGGAGUCUGCUGUUAAGGGACUUAACCACAUGAUAUUAUGAAGCUCACACCUGUGUUUUAUUUUUUACAUGUACUUGUUGAGAAAAGGUCUGAGGGUACACAACAUGAGGAGGGGUUGGGUUGUGGAACCGCCCCCCAGCAGGCGAUGUGAAGAACUGUGCCUCCUAUGCUGAUAAUCAUUUCUGUUGGUGUAUUACUGUAUUAUCUUUUGGAUGAUAUUGUGUAACCACACGUGAUUCUCAUGUAUCGCCAUUGUACUUGUAUCUGCUUUCAAAGUUUUUAUCCUACUUUGCACAUUUAGGAUUUUACAGGAUGCCGUAGAGUCGAGCCGGGCUCAUUUUUAAAUCUGGACAUAUUGUUUUUGUUUUCUCUCUCUCACACACGCACACAUUCAUGCUUUUGUGCCUUGUCCUGCUGCUGGACGUCCCUCGCCUACAGCUGCUCCAUCGCCAACACACACCUGCUACCUUUGCUUAGUUGUUUUUUUUUGCCACACACACACAAACACACACAUCUUCUGGCUGAGAGCUGUGCCUUCUGAGCUGUAUACACACACCCACACACACUUCAUGAAAACACACACUGCCUUCUGCUCGGGGUACAGACUCCUCCCGCUCUUCACUUCUUACUGCUUUGUACACUGACAUCUAAAGAUCGCUGUAGGCUAAAGGAGAGGAUGUAAACUGAUGCAGUGUGACUCGCUGUGAAUUCAUAUUAGGCCAUUUGUGAUUUUUUUUUUUGGAACAUAUAGUGUGUGCUUCUCUAGAUAACGUAUAGUGAGGAAAGAUGGCAGACAGAGGGGUCAUCUGCUGGAUUCAAGCCCACAAAGUUAUCUUUCUGUAUUGGAUUUGAGCUACAAAUAACAGACGGUGAGGAUGAUAAAGCGUCUAAAGGUUUAGAGAUACCGGUGUGCACCGCUGCUGUCAUGAUUCAGUGUUUUCCCGGAGUUGUCGGCUACCAUGGUCCUGUGUUAUUGAUGUUUGUUUCCCAAGAUGCUCCUUCCAGCUUCCAAAUGAAUGUGUAAAUUGUUUUUGGAGAUAACACGGCUUUCAUUAGAACAUCUCCGGGCUCUCCGGCAGGAGGAUAACACAUUCCUAUCACACUCAUGCGGCCUGCAGUGGGUUAGAAGAAAAGUCUUAAUAGUCGACUGUGCAUCCACCAACCCCUCCCAAACAUGGGAGACCCUGUUCCAGCAUGGAAACUGUUAUCAGCUUCCUCAAUUUCUCUCAGUUGUAGAGCAGAACAUUGUGAUCAGAUAGAGUGGGGGAGCAGGGUGAUUCCUCUCUGUUGUGUGUCAGCCUAAAUUAGAGUGGAGGUUUUUUUUUUCCAGCUAAAGUGCAUGACACAGAUCUGAGAGUGUUCCCUGUUGCAUUUCUAACCUAAAGUAGGUCUUUUCUCCUGUUGCUGACCCAAUACACCCGAUUCUUUUUUCCUCUGGAGUCGAUUCUUAAAAUAACUGGAAGAAGCACCCGUUUUCAGGUCAGUGUCUGAAGAAAUAAAGAGCUGUGUUGGAUGGGAGCAGUUUGGGGUAACGCGGCCCUGGCUUGUGGUCGGUCAGGUGUCCAGGGGGCAGCAUGUUUUCUCAGGUGAAAUCUGAAUGUGUGGUUCAGUUCUCUGAUGACAGAAACAAGUCAGACGAAGCUGACUCGAGCAGCGAGUCUCUGUCACAACUUAAACUGGACUGAUUCCCCCCCCGAAUCAUCCCUGCACUAAAAUCAUCUUUGUUCUACUUCUCUGUCAGUGGAAUCCAGGUUCCUCUCUCAUCCAGGCAUAUUUUUACACUGUUUUGUCUCACACAUUAUGUGCUGAGCCACACGUCAGUAAAGCCACAAACACCCAAUUACUGAUUGCCCUGAAAACGGGAAAAAUGGAGCCUUGCACGACUGCACAAAGCAGCAGACGCAAACAACUGGAGUUUAACUUAAUAUCCUUUUUCCUGGGUAGAAAAAGAGCCACAUUAAACUCAUAACAUUAAUUUUUUAUGAGGUAAUUAAAUAGGAUGAGAGUGGAAAUCAACGAAGUCUGAAAGCUCACCUGUUCAGCUCGGGGGAAAAAAGUGGACACUGUCUUUAUGUCAGGGAGAAUAUCUACAUAGCAUUUCAAUCCCUCACAUGCAUCUACAUUUAAAAUACACUCUUGUUGCUGAGAGUAAGAUGAGAAGAUUGACACCACACAUGCAUAUGUCAGCUAACCAUCACUUCAUGUUUAGCAUACAGAAAAAGAGUAGUAUCAGUCUUCUCAUUCCACUCUCAACAAGAAAGCAAAAUGAGUGUUUUUCCCACAUUGUCAAACUAUAUACUUAUGCUGUGCAAAGUGCAAAUUGGGUAGUUUUUUUUUUCUAGCUAUAGUGGUUUUGGCUUUAUUACUCUAAAAUAUUAAUCAGAACCUCAUUACUGAGCUAGAGCUAACACAAAAUCAGAAAAUUGGAUCAAGUGGUGGUUGUCUGGGAGGGGAAACACAAUCCAGUCUCCAGCUGUAACACAGGAGAAUCUGGGCCGGUAAAAAGAAGAAAUCACAGUUCUUGUGGCUUAAAAAAAAAAAACAACUUUAAUAGCGCUCACAUCUCCUCAACCUGUUUCUUUCCACUUCCAACGGCUGCAGCUCGGUGUCGUUCUGAGGUAAUGGAGAAUAGGUUUCUGCAGCAGGGACAGAAAUUGCACUGGCUGUUAGAAGAAAAGAGCUCCAAGGAACAAAUACAUCCUGAUCAAAAACACUGCGGGUCCAGGCUGCUGGCAUCGUGACAUCGCCUGCGACUGUUGCCAGCUUGUUGUGGUGUGCGAGGGCUGAGGUGAGGACAGCCUCAGGCAGCUCUUUCCUCAUCAGUUCACUGGUCUGCAUUGAACAGAAACGGCUCUUUAGCAGCAGUCGCCGAGCUGCAGGCUGCACAUAUCAGACUGUCUCUGUGGAUCGUAACGCUAACACUCAUACUGCUGUCAGCUAUUGUGCUAGGACUCUGCAAUCAAGUAUGAAGUAUCAAGUAGGAUUAAAGGCCGCUUAGUGAAUACGUCUGUCGUAACAGCAAACACACAGGUGGUGCAUAUGAAAUGGUUGCAGGAAAAAAAAAAAAAAACCUCCAGGAAUUUAGGGAGUUUAGUGUCUCAGUUUGGAUGGAUGGUUUCCUGCUUCAUUAUGUAGUCCCGGCUUUAAUGUGUCAUUCUUCACUCAGUAGGACUACCUUUUGGACAAGGCAGUACACGUGUAUUUACUACAUUGAAACAUAUGUAUGAUAUGUGACCCGACUCUUUGUAUCUUAUGCUAUUGUACAAAUAAAAGCUUCAUGAAACAUGA